CGUUUCUUGAUUCUCAACAAAAUGUCUGGUAGAUCCUUGCUGGAUAGUAAAAAAUUUGUUAAAGCAAAGGUCUUCUCAAAAAAAUAUUAAUAAGUAUUAUAUGUACGUCCAUAAUACUUUUCAACGAUAGUUAUGCACUCGAAAUAAUGAUAUUAUACGCAAAAGUUUGUAAGAGUAGAAGGAAUACAGUAUUAUGCGAAUUGUUGAUAAUUUAUGGUGUAUGCGAAUUAUCGUGGUCUCCGGGAUCUCAGGACAGGCAAUGCGUGCCAGAAGACACGAUCUGAGCUCAGUAUUAAUCGAGCCGUUCAAUAGAACGACAGGCUCACGAUAUUGUGAUACCCGAUACACGAAUCGUCGUGGAUCGUUAAUCGAUCGAUUAAAUUCGAAGGUGGAGAAAAGGUGGUCAAUCAACGUUUCAAAGUUAUCGGUAAACAUCCAUUGGAGAAUUUCGAAGAAAUAUUACACGCUACGGAUCUCGAUAAACAAUAAAACGCAAUCUCCUCUGAAAACCGUCAUUAACCAAGCCGCAAUACAAAGAAUGCUACCUCAACAAAAUUAUGAGGCCAACAAAUAAGUCUAAACGGAUCUAUCGAUUAAGCAAAGUGACUUCAUCUUCUUCGAGGAAUAUCAAUGAUGUAACUGCGUUAGAGUGGUAGGCGGAGAGGAUGGAGAACCGUUCGCAGAGCUCGGAUUCACCACCAGCUAAAAAGAAGGUGCAACUGGAAAGGAUCAUCGACAUAGAAAACGAAGCGGUGUCAAUUCCGAGUCCUCCGAAUCGCAUCAUGAAAUCCUUGCUACUGACGCGUUGGCUGACUUCGAGGAGUACGCUUCGUACGGAGCCAGAAACGAGCUGGUCAUCCGACGAGCGAACUUUGGAAUAUGGAACACCACCACCCAUAGAGGAACCCCAUUGCUACUCCACCUGUCCUAGCGAGAGUUCCUGUACAGAAGAGAUCAAUUGCACCUUGCAGGUGAACAAAAAUAUGAUCAGGAACCUGUUGGUAGAACACAUGAGAUACGUAGGAGGUCGACUGCAACUACUGGACGACUUGGAAGCUAACAAAAUAGACCUGGAAGACUCGGAACGUUUCGUCAAGGCCUACAGACAACACGAAAUAGACACUCUUCUGCUGUAUGCCAGUUUUCUUGGCCGAGAGGAUGUGAUCAUAAAUCUGCACAAAUGCGGCGCAGACUUGAACUACUCUGAACAAGGACAGGGCCUAACUCCUCUUCACCUGUGUGCUUUUAGUAAUUCUCUAGAAGGCGUACAAUAUUUGCUAGCUAAUGGGGCUAACAUGGAUCUAAGACGGAUGCAUACUCCCUUUCAUUAUGCUGCUUUCGGUGACGCUUUCAAGGUAGCUCAGCAUUUUCUUCAGCUAGGCAUCAGUCAGGAGUCUUCUUUGGGAGAGGAGACUGUAUUGCACGCUGCAGCUAGAUCAAAUGCUUUGAACGUUCUGAAGCUUCUAGCACCGUGUAAUCCAACUUUGAACAAUUUGGACUGCAAUGGGUAUGGGGCUAUUCAUCAUGUAGCUGACAGAGGGGACCCAGCCUGUUUGACUGUUCUCUUGGACGCCGGUUGCGAGUUGGAUCUGAUGACCAAAAAGGGUGACACUGCUCUGCAUCUGGCUGCAGAAGCCAGUUGCGUGGAAAAUGUGGAUUUGUUGGUAGAGAAAGGGGCAAACGUUCAUCUGAAGAAUCAUAGGGACCAGACAGCUUUGCAUAUAGCUGCUCGCUCUCAUUCCUUGGAAUGUGUGGAGGUAUUGCUGAAGAAAGGAGGCUGUGAUCUUAAUGUGGAAGAUAGCGAUGGAAGAACUCCUCUGCAUCUUGCUUUAGGCAGAUCCUUAUUAGCCUACGACGUGACUGAGUUCCUUAUAACUUGGAAGGCGAACGUGAACAAAACAGACAAAUAUGGCUAUACACCUCUUCACAUAGCUGCUUUGAACGAGCUUUCUCAGUGCGUGGAUAUUCUGAUCCAACAUGGAGCUGAUCUCAGCGCCAGGACUAAGGGUGGCACCAGUGCCCUGUCCAUCAUCCUUCGCAAGACCCCAACAUCUCUGAACGUCUUUAAACAACGACUGGAUGCUUCCAUAACUCUUCAUCAACAUGGAUCAGCAACAGGAGAGGUAGAACUUAGACUCGAUUUCCAUCCUCUCUUGAUGCACCAGCAACAAGGUGAAAUAAGGUAUCUUGGCACCUUUGUGAAAGAAGGAUACAAAGAGAUUCUGGAGCAUCCCCUCUGUCAGGCAUUCCUCCAUUUAAAAUGGCAGAAGAUUCGAAAGUAUUACGUGGGUAGGCUGGUCUUUUACUUGUUCUACGUUCUCAUACUCACAGGUUGGGUAAUGACUGCCUUAGCUCACAACUGUUACAACGAGUCCCACGGUCAAUUAGAUAACGCUCAGCCGCCAUUGUGUGCAAAUACCACCGGAAUCAACGGUUUUCUUUAUAGACAUCCAGCUCUGCUGGAGCUGGAGUGGUACGCGUUAAUGGUGCUCACUAUUCUAGAAGCGUUCCGCAAAUUGACCAGCAUUCCGACCUAUCUCUCGGUCCGCCAGUUCUUCACUCAGGCCGAGAACAUGGUGGAGUGGUGCGUGAUACUGAGCGUUUUCGCUACGUCGUUCAUUUACACCGGCAGAACGUACGCGUGGCAGAAUCACGUGGGGGCGUUCGCGGUUCUCUGCGGAUGGAGCAACCUUAUGCUAAUGAUAGGACAAUUGCCGAUAUUCGGAGCGUACGUGGCGAUGUUCACCAGCGUCCAGGCGCAAGUGUUCAAGCUUCUGUUAGCCUACGCUUGUCUCCUGGUAGGUUUCACCGCGAGCUUCUGCGUGAUCUUUCCGCGCUCCAAGUCCUUCAGUAGCCCACACAUAGGUCUAAUCAAAGUGCUGGUAAUGAUGACCGGGGAACUGGACUUCGAGGAUCUGUUCUUCCCUAGGGAAGAGGACGGUCACUCCACAGAUUCAGGAGGUACCUCGUGGAUCCUGUUGCAGGUGUCCGCUCAGUUAUCGUUCGUCUUGUUCCUCUUAUUUGUCACCAUAGUACUGAUGAAUCUACUGGUCGGCAUAGCAGUGCACGACAUAAAAGGACUACAAAAGACGGCUGGACUGGCUAAAUUGGUUAGGCAGACCAAACUGAUCUGCGACGUGGAGACCGCACUUUUUCUCGGGCUCAUGCCUAAACGAUUAACGAAAUUCUUAAGGUGGACCGCGUUAUUGUUACCUUCGCCUUUGAGAGCGGUUCUAACCGUCCGACCUCUUAACCCCAGAGAAACUAGAUUACCUCGCGACUUGUUAUUCGCCGCCCACAAGGUCGCGAAAGAACGUAAAGGCAUGUCCGGCACGUUGUACAGUAGAAAGAGUACCAGCACCGUGCAUACGUAUCUAAAAAGCGAACCGUACACCUCGUUUCGUCGACGAUUACCCGAAGAAGACGUUGUCCCUUUCGACGAUUACACGAUCAAAGGAGAGUUAGCCGAGGUGAAGCAAAUCUGUGAAAGAAAUCAUCAGCUUCUUCAAGAUCUAGUGAUGCAUCUAGUAAUGAAGAAGCACGGCAAGGAAGAGGAUGAGAAUAAUUAGACGUAUCUUUUUUUCUUCUUUUUGAAUUCUUGGAACCUUGAAGAUAUCGUGUGAACGAUCUGAAGGACUCUGAAUCGUUGGAUCAUUCUUAGAAAUUUCAGACUCGCUUUGAAACAUUUCUAUACAAUCUUGUGUUUUAAAUUUUGAAGAUUGCAAUUUUAUCAUUUCUCAUGUUGGAAUUUUUUUUAUAUUAAUUAUUGCAGUGCUUCUUAUUUAAAUUUUGACGUAAUCUUUUAAAGAUGAAACUGAUGAUCGUAUAAGAUCAUCGAUCAAAUACCAAUUCAUGAUUUUGAUGAAAGAAACACAAUAUGUAUAAAAUAUUGGUGUAUAUAUACACGUGACACUGAAAUAGUCGAAAGUUUGAAAUUUAUGAUAAUUUCCGUUUUUCGAGGCAAGUGCUCUUUCGUCGUUUUGUGUGUCAAGAACACGAGAAACAUAUUUUUUUGUUGCAUCUGAGAAAGUUGUUAUACCGUCUUCGUAGCUGAAAGAUUCAAAGAGAGACUCGUGCUCAAUAUUUGUAAAAUAUUGUAGAAUAUGUUAAAUUCCGUCCAUAACAUGAAUAUUGUAAAAAUCGUAGGAAUAUUUAGGAAUAAAUUAUUAAAUACUACCUGAAAUAUUUUCAUAUUUCAUGUACUAAUGAUAUUGUAUGAGAUCUGAAACGUGAUUUUAAUUGGAUUUUAAUUUUUAUAUUUGACUGUACAUAAAGAAUAUAAAUAAAUUGUUCCCAAGUUGUUACAGGUGUUUCUUUGUAAGUUAAAAAUAAGAUUUGAAAUAAAAUUUAAUUCGAAGGAAAUUUUAAAGAAGUUUUAUGGCAACGAGUUGUAUGUAACAUUUAUUUAAUGAUGAUGAUUGAAAAAUACUUGCAAUUCUUUAGUGCAUAGGCAAAAGAUUAAGAAAAUUAUUGAUAAUAUUUUCUAAAAGAUGUUUCUUAUGCAACACAGUAUAAAUAUUUCUUGAUACUUUUACAGCCGUAUAUUUCUUGAAUUUUAUAAUUUUGUAUCUAACAAAUAAUUCCUUAUUUUUUAACUGUCAUUGAUACGUGAUUCAAUAAAUAAAAAUAAGGUGAGGAAUGAAUGGGUAAAAAAAACUUGAUCAUCAAAGCUGUCAAAAAGUUAAGUGCCUUUCAAUCAUUCGAAUAAAAUUAAUGUUUUGAGCAACGA